UCAUUAUAGGAGGUUGGAGGCCUAGUUGGUGGGUGGCUUUCCUCGCCCAUCUGUCGUACUCUCUUCGCUUGGUCGUCGUCGCGGUGGAGCUCUAUCAGAAGCCGAGCGACCAAGAGUCCGUCGUUUUGCACCCCCAAAAUCUGCAGACCAUCUCCUUGAGCAUUCGCCUCUGUGCCCUUUUCUUCCUUUUUGGUUUUUUCACUCUCUUCUUUGGUGGUGGGGACACCUGAACAUUUGCCCAAUUCCCCAUCUACCUUUAAUCUUUCCCCUUAAUUAUUUUCCCCAUUCUUGUUCCGGAAAACAAAGGGGAAAAGACAUCCAAGAAUAGAAAGGCUAAGCUCUCUCUAUCAUCAUCGUUACUUUCCGGUUGCUUGCCGCCGUUGGCACAAACGCGAAUUAUUGCUAGUGGUGGAUCUUGGGGAACGCCAGAUCCUCAUUCCCCAUAUCCCAAUUGCAGUGGGUGCUUCCUUUGAAAAAUAGAGAGGAGAAUUUGUUUGGGUCAAGCUGUUUAAUGAGGAUUAGGGGAAGAAGAAGGAGAUAGGAUGUCUUGGAAGAGCAGAGGAUCUGAAGCAUCCUUCUCCCGGAAUGUGGUCUCGAAAAGAUGGACUCUCUUCCUCUGUCUGGCGAGCUUCUGUGCUGGACUGCUCUUUACCAACAGGAUGUGGACUGUACCUGAAGCAAAAGACAUUAGGGUGACCACGGUUGAGGAAAAGCUUAAAUUGGUUUCGGAAGGGUGUGACCAUCAAGCUAGACAGGAGAAGGGAGACCCAAAAGAUAUCCUUGGGGAAGUUUCAAAGACUCAUCAUGCUAUCCAAACCUUGGACAAGACAAUUUCAAAUUUGGAGAUGGAAUUGGCAGCUGCAAGGGCAGCACAUGAGUCAAUACUCAAUGGUUCUCCUAUUUCCGAAAACCCAAAGGUUGCACAGACAAGUGGAAAAAGACAAUAUCUAAUGGUUGUUGGAAUAAAUACUGCCUUCAGUAGCCGUAAACGAAGAGAUUCAGUUAGAGCUACCUGGAUGCCACAAGGUGAAAAGAGAAAGAAGCUUGAGGAAGAGAAAGGCAUCAUCAUGCGCUUUGUGAUUGGUCAUAGUGCUACACCUGGUGGCAUUUUGGAUAAAGCCAUUGAGGCUGAAGACAGUAAACAUGGGGAUUUCCUCAGGCUGGACCAUGUUGAAGGAUAUCUUGAACUCUCUGCAAAGACAAAGACAUACUUUGCUACUGCUGUUGCAAGGUGGGAUGCAGAUUUCUACAUCAAGGUUGAUGAUGAUGUCCAUGUGAACAUAGCAACACUAGGAACAACAUUGGCUACUCACAGAUCAAAGCCUCGAGUUUAUAUAGGGUGUAUGAAGUCUGGCCCUGUCCUUGCACAGAAAGGUGUCAGAUACCAUGAGCCUGAGUACUGGAAAUUUGGUGAGGAGGGUAACAAAUAUUUCAGGCAUGCAACUGGUCAACUGUAUGCGAUUUCAAAGGACCUGGCCACAUAUAUAUCAAUUAAUCAGCAUGUACUGCACAAAUAUGCAAAUGAGGAUGUUUCGCUGGGUUCUUGGUUUAUAGGAUUAGAUGUAGAACACAUCGACGAUCGCAGGCUGUGUUGUGGUACUCCACCUGAUUGUGAGUGGAAAGCUCAAGCUGGAAAUAUCUGUGUUGCGUCAUUUGACUGGAGAUGCAGUGGCAUAUGCAACUCUGCCGAUAGAAUGAAGGACGUUCAUCAACGAUGUGGCGAAGGUGAGAGUACAAUGUGGAGUGCAGUUUUCUGAGUUGGAGCUGCUAGAUUGCUGGCCGGCCUUGUAACACACUGUGCAGAAGCCUUGCAGAAAAGCUCUUUCUGUAGUUUUUCAUCUUUUGCAAGCAAUGUAUGUAAUUCUCCUGUAUCAAAUAGAGCAGACAUGAGGGGUCCUUUCUACUUUUGGCAGAAAAGAGCCCUAACUUGGAGCAGCCGGAGAAAAAAGAUGCUUGUAACCAUUCUUUACAGCCAUAGAUAUCAACUUAUAAUUCUUUCUACA